AUGACACUCGAACUCAUUCCGAAUGGUGAUCUUAUUUUUAAAGGUCCGUUCACUGCGGUUUCGACAACAACGUUAAAACUAUCUAACAGUGGAAAUGAACGACUAGCUUAUAAGAUAAAAACAACUGCUCCGAAACGGUAUUGUGUCAAACCGAACAGCGGUUUUCUCGAUGCCAAUGCAACUGCUAACAUUCAAGUUAUGUUACAACCACAACCAGCAGGUCAAUCUGAUGAUCGUUCAAAACAUAAAUUCAUGGUACAAUGGGUUGCAGUUCCAAAUAGUUAUAGCGACGACGUGGAGAAUUUCUGGAAACAAGAUUUGAAGAGUUUGAAUGUUCAGGAUUCGAAGUUAAAAUGUGUCUUCGCCGAAGAUCAAUCAGCCGCAGUCGUACCUAACGAUUCAACUGAUCAUCGUGGCUCAGAGACAAAUACCACACGUACUACUGAUUCAGCGCAUGUUGUCGACAGCCGCACCCAACAAACCGCUUCAUCAGCAUCGAUUUCCAAUCAACGUUCAUCUCCAAUAACCUCACGUGCAACCAACUCUAUUCAAUCACAAAGUCAAGAUCGACAACAGGACGCAAGUGAUGAUUUGAAUAAAUCACGUCCUCGACAACAAGAUAUCGAACGUUUGAAGAGUGAAAACGAUUUAUUAAAAGAAAAGCUCAAACAAGCCGAAGGUGGCCUACGGCAAAGAACAACAGGCGGCAAUUCCGCAGUCGACCGAUCGAAAUCCAGUCAACACCAAAAUGCAAUUAAAAUAAACAAUAUAUUAACACAAAAAAAAACGAACACUCAUAAUCUUCUGCAUACGCACACGCAAAGAAAAAUAAAUGUUAGACUUCUCUCGUCGUUUUCCGGUGUGUGCUACAUGACAAGAACUACUUUUCUACGAAAAACAAUGUGCGCGAUGUCAACCUUCUACCUUUAA